AUGGAAAUAAAACUGAACGUAGUAUUCAACGAGGUUUUACUGAUGAGGACGGACGAACAUGGCAUAGAAAAUCACGACAAAGUGUUCGUCGACAAGUGGCAAAAUGUCCUAUGCGUGCAAUGCAUGAACAAAAUAUUUUUCAACAAGUCCCCCUCAUAUAAAAAAUAUGCGCUGUUUAAAAGUGUGAAUGAAAUAUACUCCAUAAAGAAUUGCCAGGACUUUCGGUACCACUUUUCUUUUUUCCUGUUAGAUCACACUCUGUUUCUGUCAAACACGUUUAGCUAUUUGGAGGGCACGUCGGAAAGGAGCGCCGAUCGUAAUGGCAGCGUAGAUCGUGUAGAUCGUGUAGAUCGCGUAGAUCGCGUAGAUCGCGUCGAUCGCAAUGGCAGCGAUGGUGAAAACGGCGACGCCUGCGGUGAUUGGCAGCUGCGUAAAAACUUCUACAGGGUGGGAAAAAGCAACGGAGGAGGGGACCGAGGCACGAACUCCAACGCAGAAGGUGGUGGAAAUAGGAACUGUUAUGCCCAUGCGGCCAACAACGAACUAAUCACUUUGGCCACCAAUGCAUGCAAAGAAUUUCUAAGCACCUGCUCUGAAGAUCUCUGUAACAUUUUUAAGGAUGCAAUUUAUACCUGUGUACUGGUCAGGUUAAAGAAAUUCUCUACUAAUGAGAAAAAGUAUUUUUAUAUUUUUAAAUUGUUAAAAAAGUUAAUGGAUGGUGUAGCAAUUAUACAUACUACAUUGAAGAACGAAUCGGCAGUCAUUGAAGAAUUUAUAAAGUUGUUUGUGCAGAAUUAUGCUAUACAGGAUGAUUUGAAAAACGAGAAAAAGGGGAAGGAUUGCUCUCCCUUGGGCGCCCCGGGCAUUUGCCCCAAUAGGGGGAGCAGCAGCGAUGGUGGCGCCGCGAGUGGAGGGGGCCCACGUGGGGACUGCUCCAAUGGUGACUUCUACAGUGGUGACUUCUACAAUGGUGACUGCUUCAAUGGCGACGGCAAGGGCAACCGCGAGGGCGGGCGCGGGCGCGACGAGGUGCUCCUGCUCACGCUGCAAAUCAUUUACAAACUGUGGGGCGACAAUUCGCUGUGGCAAAUUAACAAAGAGUUGCUAAAAAACUUUUUCUCGAAUCUCAUCAAACAUUUUAAGUGCACCAAUAAAAACACACACUUGUGUAACUACUACAUAGAAUUCAUUUACAUAAUUACGAAAAAUUAUAAUGACACAAGUUAUUUUUUUAAUACCAUAAUUUUUGGCCCCCCAAAUCAGUUGGCGCGAAAAGGCAGGAAAAGUCGCGAAUUCCCCCUUGUCCCCCGCGCGCGCCGCAGCACCUCCGGCUCGAAAGCCCGCGGUAGGAGCGGUAGCCGAGAGCGCAGCGGAAAUCGAAGCCGAAAUUGCAGCCAGCAUCGCAGCCAACGUCGCAGCGGAAACCACAACCAACAUCGCUGCACUAGCAACACCCCCAGCGGCAGCAGCUGGGGCAGCCAAAGCAAUACUCUCCGAGACCCCCUCUGUGAUCCCCUCCGUGAUCCCCUCCGCGACCCCCUCUAUUCCAACCAACUGUGCGGGGAAAAUGAUGGCCAUUUUGAGCCUUUCCAAACUGACACACCUGAGCAGUUUUGUAAACGUGGCCAGAAUCAUCCGAAUGAAAAUGGUCUUGAGGAGAGUCAAAACGAAACUAAACAAAGUCAUCAAAAGGGCGGGAAUAUUUUCCAACGCAAAGGCGGUCAAAAAAAAUAUAAUGAAAAUUACGUUAAGGAAGCCCAAGUCGAAUUCGAAAAUGUGAAUCACGCGUGUGUGCAAGGGGGAAAAAACCUGUUGAAGACUUUUUGCGCACGUAGAGGGUACAACACAAUUGCAGAUGAGUGUGACCGGGCGGAUGAGUGCGACGGGGCGGAUCAGCACUUCACACCGGGCAGUCCCCACACCGGUGACUCAUUUUAUCCUGCCACACCAUCUGAAGAAGAAAAUUUCAAUACCUUGUUUGAGCAAGAAAAGGAAGAAAACAAGUUGGGUUUCAAAUCGUCGCAGGGGAUUAACACAUUAGUGAGAUGCACAGAGUAUGGGCAGGAAUUCGCGGACAAGAAUCAUUAUGGGGGGGGUACCAACUGCAAACAAAGUGCUGCAUAUCAUUGCGACUCCUUUGGAAGAGAACGCAGUGGGGAUCAAGACCGAUCAUCGGAUGAAACAGCGGGCAGGACAGGUGAAAAGCAGCUCUCCAAGCUGCGCUACUACCAGGGUAUGAAUUCCGGCACACACAGCGGUAGCAGCGCCCCGGUGCUGAAUUACUGUGACAGUGGCAGCGCGACUGGAGAGGGCUUAGCAUGGGUUGAAGCGGGCGAAGGGUUGGAGCAGUGGGAGCAUCUGGAGCAGCUGGGGCAGCUUGAUGAGCUUCCCCAAUUUGAAGCGGGCGAAAGGCUGCAACUGGUGGAACAGUUUGCGGGGGGGGGUCUAGUUGCAGAGGGAGGGUGCCGCGGCAUAUACCGAGGAGGAAAAGAAAAACACGAAGAAGUAAAGCAUUCCGGGGGGAGAAGCAGCCCGAGCAUAUUCUCUAAAACGUCCGGCAGCGAUUCGGACAGGGGCAGCGGGGAAGACCCCCUGUGCGUGGAAGAGAGAUACAAAACCAAUUCUGAAAAGUGCAGCAACCACACUCCAUUGAAAAUACCGAAGAGGAGAGAAAACAUCCAAAAUUUCAUCACCCUGUGUAAUAACUUACAAGAAACACUGCUAAACAAUUUUUGCAAAGACACUCAAAUGAAGUGCUUAGAAAUAUUUUACAAAUUCUGCAGCAUCGACAAAGCGAUUGUGAAUAUCAUCCUGUCGAACACGUCACUGAUAGAAUGGGUCUUCGAUUUUCUAUCAAACACAAAAUAUGAAUGUUUAAGAGAAAAGACGCUGAAAUUUUUGGUUACCUUUUUUAUCCCCAAUUCUCUUUUUGCCCAUACGCAUGCCCAUUAUAUGAUUGAUGUUCUAAUUGACAUCAUUUUGAAAUACGUAAAUAAGAGGUACAGUGCGCACAACCAGAUUAGUGAUGACUACUCGAACUUCUUUAACUUUUUAAAGGCCCUUAAUAUGCUCAUCGAUGGGUCCCACUCUUCCCUAAAGAUAUUUCACGUCUUCAAAAUUGUAAAUAUAAUUCCCUUCCUAGUGGUGGUAUCAUCCCCUGAUACUGUUCCUACGAGUGUCAAAGAAAUCGUCGCCUUUUUUGAAGAUUUUAUAUUCGAAAAGGAGGAACGAAUUCACAAGGAGGGCUUAAAAGUGAAGCAAUGCGAGGUGAAUAAAGGGGGUAGCAAUCAAAUGGUUCCUCUUCCAAACAAGGAAGUGUUGCCCACGUUUCGUAUGAAAGAACAUCCGUACGUGCUGGAUAGGCUGACUAAUCAGAAACGCAGCUCUGGGGUUGGCUUCUCAGAUGAUGUGGAAACCCGGCACUCCCUCCUGGGCUAUACCCACAUCAGGAACAGAAAUAAGGGGAACCCCAUUUUGGGGAACAACCUAAAGGGAGAAAACCCAAGUGAUGCUACCCCCCCGGAGGAAAGAAGGAACCAAAAGGAAGAGUCAAAAAAGCAAAUGGCGAAUGUUUGCAUAACCAACAUUUCUGCCCUAUUUAGAGUCCUAAAAACAGCUUUAAAAAUAAUGAAGAUGGUAAACGAGAACAAGGCAGAUGUCUACGUAGAACUCAUUUUUAACGAGCAAAAUUAUUACCUAUACAACGUUUCUGUAGCGGUUAUGAAGCUGCUCUUCUCGUUAAUAUAUAUCCUAAACAAAAAUGAAAAGUUUUUAAAUAAUCUAAAAAUAAUUGAUGAGCAGGGUGAUACAGACAAUGGGGGUGACUUACAAGUACUAACUUUCGUAAAAUUAACACUCCACUUACUUAUCGAUCUGCACACUUUUUUUAAAAAGACUCUCAAGGAGAGUAACCACCCUUUCGAUAAGGAUAUCAUUUCCUUUAUUAAAUUUUUAUAUCUCUCCUGUAUUUUUAUCUUUGAAAGUAUAUGCAUAAAAAAAAAGCUCUUUCGGAAUGUAAGCACCAGUUUGUUUUUCUCGUCCUUCUUCACCCCCUUCUUUCACUUACUAUCUGGCGUUUUAAACCACGUGGAGGAAAUUGCGCCCUCCUAUAUAAGCGAAUCACGUAGUGCAACGAACUGUGAAGAAGUAGGACUGCCUAUAAACGACGAAUGCGCAGCGAAUGACGAGGAGCAGUCGGGCGCGCUAAACUUUGAAAUGUACAAAAGGAAAAUGAGGAAGGUCUUGAUGAGGAGCAAGCCGUUCACCCUCUUUUUUCAGUACGCCUCCGGCAGGAAUUAUGACCCCGAGUGCCACCGAAUCCUGGAGAUGCUGCUGCACGAAGAAGACGGAGCGCCCCAGGAACGGGAAAACCUGAAGGACAUUUUGACCGAAAUAAUCAGCAAGCACGACUUUUAUUUCACCAAAGUUCUGCUCUUCAACUUUAACGACAACGAGGGCAUCAUCGAAACGGUCAUCUACAUUUUCUACCUCUGUCUAACGUAUGAUAGGAAAUUCAUCGAGAAAAAGCUAGCCGUCACCAAGGAGGACAAUUAUGUGGAAAAACUUUUUUCAUUUAACGAUUACGAGGUUAAUAUGAAUCCGCUCUUCCUAUUCAUGUCUCUUUCCUAUUCCUACCAUUUUAUAACCAAGGAGAAAAUAGCAUCCGUUUUUAAGUGUAUCCGAAAAGAGAUGCAUAAAAUUAACUUGUCCGCAUGGCAGGAUAUAAAAAAGAUUAAAAAUAUUUAUUUGGUCUUUGACUGCAUUUUCUCCUUAAAAAUUAGCAGCGCCACUUAUAGCAACUACUUCUCCUUCAUCGUCCACGUAAUCAAACUGGAGCUCUCCCUGUACACGUCCAGCCAGUCGGAGCAGGUGGGCCUCAGGGACCAACGCGAUCGGCAGGAUCAGCGAUUGUACUUGUCCAUUUCGAAAAAUGGGGAUUUGGUGCAAAAGAUUUUCGAAAGUGUCGAAAUGAACGCCAUCGAAGGUGACAUCGCCAUAUAUGUGUACUAUUUAAUAAUCAAGUUGCGGAAAUAUUCCGCAGAUCAUUACAAAACUAUGAGUUUGUACAAAAUGAUGAACGCAGUCAUCAGGCACAUGCACACAGUGGUGAACACGGAGGAAGAAAUCGACGACGUCUUCUGUUUUUUUUUUAUAUUUUUCGAAAACCUCGAAGCGUAUGCGCAGACGGACAUUUUUAAUAUAGUCACCCUGUUGCAGAAAUUGACCUACUACGUUAAGGCUUCCUUAGCCAAUUAUUUUGGAAACGCAGACGGGGAAGCAAACGGGAAAGAAAGUGAAAAAUCAAAUGGAAACGCUGCCAAAAACGCUGCUAUAAACGCUGCUGAAAACGCUGCUGAAAAUGCUGCCAAAAACGCCGCUAAAAACGAGAUGCUCCACGCCGAUCUCAAAUUCGAAAACUUCUUCUUCUACUUUAUCAUAAAUUUAAUUUUAUUCUGUAGGAAGUACAGACAAAUUCAAAACAUCAAUGUGCUGUCUUCCUCCAUAGCGCUGAUCCAGCUGCUGCUGUACUGCAUUCAGUUUGGCAAUAACUAUUUUGUGAGCUUAUCUUUCUUUAUAUUAUCCCUGCUCAUUUUGCCUUUGCCCGAAAGGCCACAAAAGAGUUCCUCCCUACUUAUGACCGUGUCAACAUCAUUUGACAAAUGUGCCGACGAGAUAAUCCCCUCUGAUGAUAAAUUAGCUCCACAGACUGAUUGCAGUGCUGGCCGAGAAAAACACCUCAUUAGACUGAGUUUGUUUUUCUCCCUCGUCAACAGUGCAGACGUGAUGCUCAGAGUUUCUUCCCUCUCUCUCCUUCUAUGUCUGCUUCUAACCAACGACGUUGUACUGGUGGAAGACGAGACCCUAGGAUUCUUCAUCACCCUCAUUAAUAGCUCCUAUUUAAGCGAGUGGAAUGAAACCAUAAACGAUUUGCUCUUCGCCAUAUUCAACGUCCUCCUCCUUUCCUCCACUUUGAAUUUACAAACCAAGUCCUUUUGCUUUAACUUCAUCUAUUCAUUUCGGCCCUUCUUCUUAAGAUUCAUAUUGCGCUUAAACAGGGAUCAAAAAAUUAUUAUUCACAAGUUGUUUUUUCUCCUCAUAACAGUUAAAAUAAAGCCCUUGUGGUUCGACUUGAAGGUCUACGGCGAAAGGAUUUUGAAGAUCAUCCUGAACGUUGUGACCAAGAAGGACCUCGACCUCGCGACGUUUCACUGCAUAUCCUCCCUUGCGUACGAGGUGAUUCGCCGGGCGCAGCAGUCCUGUUGGACAAUCCCACUUCGCACCUUCGCCCUUCACACUUCGCACUACUCAUUUCCGGUUCGAUAG